AGCCCAUUGUACGACUUGAAACCGGCAUAAGUCGACAGACAGGCGGUUAAAUCUUAUGUUAUCGAGUGUUCAUCCGUUUUGACCAGUAUAUAUCUCCAAAUUUCCAGUGCGCCGUUCAAAUUGUUUGUGUUCUGGCUCUCAAUUACUUAGCUACUUGAUCAACUUACGUUUAAACGAUUUAUAUAUCGAUCUCAUUUGAUUUUACGAUUACGUUUUUGUAUCGUCGCAGCUAUGGUUGCCGGUAAUAAAAUGAUGAAUGUCAGGGUGACGACGAUGGACGCCGAACUGGAGUUCGCGAUCCAGCAGACGACCACUGGGAAGCAACUAUUUGAUCAAGUUGUGAAAACGAUCGGGCUGCGUGAGGUGUGGUUUUUCGGGCUCCAAUAUACAGACAAUAAGGGCGACCUGACGUGGAUAAAAUUGUACAAGAAGGUGAUGAACCAGGAAGUCAAGAAAGAGACUCCCCUGCAGUUCAAGUUCCGUGCCAAGUUCUAUCCCGAGGACGUUGCCGAGGAAUUGAUUCAAGAUAUCACGUUGCGUCUCUUUUAUCUUCAAGUAAAGAACGCUAUUCUGACGGAUGAAAUUUACUGUCCCCCGGAAACGUCUGUAUUGUUAGCAUCUUACGCAGUCCAAGCGAAGCAUGGAGAUUUUCAGAAAGGUACGCAUACUGCUGGUUUUUUGAUAAAUGACCGUUUGCUGCCACAACGAGUCGUGGAUCAACAUAAAAUGAGCAAAGAGGAAUGGGAAAGUUCGAUCACUAACUGGUGGCAAGAACAUCGUGGAAUGUUACGAGAAGAUGCAAUGAUGGAAUACUUAAAAAUCGCUCAGGAUUUGGAAAUGUACGGAGUGAAUUAUUUUGAAAUUCGUAAUAAAAAAGGCACAGACCUGUGGCUCGGUGUUGAUGCUUUGGGUUUGAAUAUUUACGAAAAGGAUGACAAAUUGACGCCAAAAAUUGGUUUUCCAUGGUCUGAGAUAAGAAACAUCUCAUUCAAUGAGAAGAAAUUCAUAAUUAAACCAAUUGACAAGAAGGCACCUGAUUUUGUCUUUUUUGCGACUAGAGUUAAGAUUAAUAAGCGAAUUUUAGCACUGUGUAUGGGCAAUCAUGAACUCUACAUGCGUAGACGUAAACCAGAUACAAUUGAUGUACAGCAGAUGAAGGCACAAGCAAGGGAAGAGAAAAUCGCAAAACAACAACAGAGAGAAAAGUUACAACUAGAAAUAGCUGCAAGAGAACGCGCUGAGAGAAAACAACAAGAAUAUGAAGAAAGGCUUCGAAAUAUGGCAGAGGAAAUGGACAGGCGGCAAGCUGAAUUAAACGAAGCUCAAGAAAUGAUUCGACGUUUAGAGGAACAUCUUAGGCAGUUACAAGCUGCAAAGGAGGAAUUAGAAGAUCGUCAGAAAGAACUUACGGCUAUGAUGGAGAAACUUGAAUUGUCACAUGAAAUGGAAGCGGCAGAACGUGCUAAACUUGAACAAGAAAUACGAGCUAAACAAGAAGAAAUACAGCGUAUACAAUCUGAAGUAGUGGCGAAAGAUGCUGAAGCAAGGAGACUAGAAGAAGUAUUUGAAGCUGCUAAAUUAAGGCAAGAAGAAGCUGAUCGAGCUUAUCAAGCUAGCACAACACCGCAUCAUCAUCAUGUUGAAGAAAAUGAAGAAGGUGAAGAGGAAGGAGAAGACGAAGUUUCACAUGGCGAUGUUACUAAAGAUCUUGCAACUGAUGAAUCGAUAAUUGAUCCUGUUGAAGAGCGACGUACCUUGGCAGAGAGAAAUGAACGCCUUCACGAUCAACUUAAGGCAUUGAAGCAAGAUCUUGCACAGUCACGCGAUGAAUCGAAAGAAACUGUUAUGGACAAAAUACACAGGGAGAAUGUCAAACAAGGUCGUGAUAAAUAUAAAACGCUCCGUGAAAUUCGCAAAGGCAAUACUAAGCGUCGUGUUGAUCAAUUUGAGAACAUGUAAAUUAUGUAUGCAUUUGCCUGUUUGCCUGCCCAUUUCAUCCUGCCUUUGAAUUAUCUUUCAAUAUCGUGUACACAUGGAACACUCAAUAAUCACUUAUUCUAUAUAAGAGACGUACAAGGUUCUCUGAUUGAUCAAAGAUAAUUUGUAAAACUUCAAGUAUAUUGUUUUAUAAUAUUUUUUUGGAGAUGUUUCGAGGUAUAAGUCGCUCCCAAUUUACAGCGAUGAAAAGUUUAUAAUAUAUAUUACUAUUUUUCGAAGUCGAUUCUAUACUCUCAGAUACAGUUAAGUGAAAAAAUAAACUCAUAAUUGGCAAGGAACGCGACGAGCGACCAACUUGCGCCGUCUUCCAUGUAUGCUUCCACGUUAUCACUGUUAAGCAGUUUUCGUAAAGCAAAAUGUUUAUAUAUUUUUCCAUAACAAGUAUAAAUUUUCUUGCUGUUUUAGCUAUAAAAUAUUUAACGUUAAUUCAUAAUAACUUUGUUAUUUUAGCUAUGUUACUAGCUAAUGUUGUUUUUUUUCUAACGAUAUCCUUUUUUGCUAAAAUAUCAAGAAAAUAUGUUACAUAAUUUGUGAAUAUUAUUUUAUUUUUGUCCAAGCAUUAUAUACAGGAUCUUGAGUACCGGCGCAUCAGUAUUUUCUUUUUCAAAGUAUUACUGUCGGUCACUAAGCGUGAUACCACACAUGUGACUUCUUUUCAGUGAUUAUUUUCUCGUCGCGGUUCUUAUCAUGUUGCGUCUUGUCCGUCCUUGAUAAGGAUUUGCCCGAGAAACAUUUUGUAUUGUUAUUUGCGUCAUCAUUUACUUCUGUUGACGAAUUAAGAUUACUUUUGUCAAUAGCGGUCGCUCUACAUCUAUAUAUACAUAUCAGUUUCCAGUUUUAUGCCCAUGUAUCAUUUUACUAUUAUAUACUAACAAAUAUAAUCCGAGUAAUAGAUGAAUUAAGCAUUUUAAAGCAGUGUGGAGCAGUCACCAUUAUUUUUUAGUGAGUUAUAAGUAAUCUCUAAAUAUUAGCCUAAAAUAGAUUGAUAAUGUACAAGCGACCGCUUAAUUUAUGAAACACCGAAAUCAACGACAUCCGUCUUCACAAUAAAUGUAGACAUGUAAGCACGUCAUAUAAACUGUUUGCAAAAAUUAUAUAUACUACUUUAGUACGAACGAAUUUCAACUACUGUUUAAUAAUUUUAUAUUGAACACACUCGUGGCCUUUAUUGAUAUACUUAUAUUAAAAUAUUAGAUAUUAAUAAUUAAUCAAUAAUAUAAUAUAUAGAAUUUUAGGGAUAUCGCGCGUCUCUUUGUAUUGCAUACCUUCAACAUAAGGUAAUUGCGCGGUUCCUAUAUGAAGAAAUAGGUAUAUCAAGAUUCUUGAAAGUAUGAAAGAAUGAAUGUGAGCGAGAAUGCUACAAUAAAAAAUAAUACGUAUGAAAGGUCGAAUGUUAGAAGAACUAUAAUAUGUGGCUGUCUGGUACGCCACAUAAAAAUUUUAAAACAGUUCUCUUUUUAAAGAAAAUUAUACGGUACAACAAUGAAAAUUAAUUAAAAUUAACUAAAAUGUGGGAGAAUAUAGCCUAUAAAUGCUGCCAAUUUUUUGACGGAAUGCAAACAAAGAGCGAUAUUGUGAGAUGACACAUUUUUUGCAAUAAUGAAGUAAAUGAAAUGAUGGGAAAAUUUAAAAGCUGACCAUUGUAUUGAAAUUCAUUUUACGUGUAUCAUCAUCAUCACAUGUUACAUCCGAACCAGAAAGGAAAAGUACAGGAAAAUAACAAUAAAUAUUUUUUGAUUAUAUUUAAUACUACAAUUUACAAAUUAGUAGUGUUAUAUUAUUAUUAUUAUUAUUAUUAUUAUUAUUAUUAUUAUAAUAUUAUAAAUAUUAAUAUUUACAAUCCAGUAGCGUUAUUAUUAUUAAAACUAUAUUAAAUGAGAAUUGAAGCAAAGGAAUUUAUAGUUGUGUGUUUGUAUUCUUAAAAACAAUCAAACGUGCAUAGCAAUAACUAAAUAUUUUCUACAAUGUGACGUCAUGCUCUAAUGUUUAAAGACAAGUAUCAUUUUCAUAAUAACUCGUCUGGAUAUUCUAGCCGCAAGCGAGAAAGUUACUCUUGAAACAUUCCAAAAAACGUUUGUAAGAUGUCCUUUUUUUAUCUACGUUGGGGUUUUCCAUUUAUUUACAAGAUUUAUGCAAAUAUUGAAUUUCAAAUAAGAAUUUUUUUUUAAUAUCUAAAAUGUACUUAAAUACAACUAUAUUUAAAAAAAACAUCAAUUUUUUGUUUAUUGCUAUAAAAACUCCACAAAUAACCCUAACGUAGAUUACUAAAUGAUUUUCAUAUUCCUUAUGAAGGUAAUGAAUAUAAAAUCGUCUUUAAUGUUCUUUUGCAUAGCUUAAUAUGUAAAUUAAAAAAAAAAUGAACUGAGAAAUAUAAUUCAAUAACAUCAAUUUACAUAAAUACAUAUAUAUUAUACGUAAAUUGGUAUUAUGAGACCUUCAUGAGAUUGUUGAGGAAAAUUAAUUUAACGGUGCACACUACGUUCAAGAUAUCACGGUGCUAUAAUUUUAUCCAAGCGAGUAAAAAAGCAUGUCAGGAAAUUAUGCAUUUCUACUUCUUACAAAUUUUUAUAAUUCCCAAUGCUCGAUGAUAUUUCUUAAAUUUUCAAUAACUGUAUUCGAAUUUUCCAUUUUUAUAUCGAGAAAAAAGUAUUUGUAACAGUAUUAUUGAUUAAUUGAAACGACAUACAUAAAACACAAGACCACAAAGACGCAUAGACAUUGUAUUUUAUUGAGAACAAUAUUUGUUGGUGCGAGGAUAUACGAAAAUUACUUGUACUUUGCUGAAAAAGUUAGACAUUGUUUAAAUAAAAAAUCAUAUCAUAUAUGUUAAAUAUA